GAUUAUUAUUGGUUUUUUUUUUUUUCUCAGCCCAUCUCCCCAACCUGCUCCUUCAUCAGUGUCUAUCCCAUUUCAUUUCCGAUUUUUUUUUUCUUUUAAUUUGUUGGGAGGAUCAUUGUUCCAAUCACCCGAUUUCGUUCUUUUAGGGUUCUUUGGAUUUGUUGUUUAAUCCAUGUGUUUUUUUUAUCUCUUUUGAAUUUUCUCAUGUUCGUGUGUCGUGAUUCCGUUGCCUCGUUUGCUUCGAUCCAAGAGUUGUAGAUUUUGAAUUCAGCAAUGGCAUCGGCGCAGAACCCAGCGCCGAACGUGGAUCUCUUCGAUGCAUACUUUCGACGUGCCGAUUUGGACCGCGAUGGUCGAAUUAGUGGUGCUGAAGCGGUUUCCUUCUUUCAAGGCUCUGGAUUGCCUAAACAGGUUCUUGCUCAGAUUUGGUCGCUUUCGGACCCUAGACAGAUUGGGUUCCUUGGUCGGGCGGAGUUUUAUAAUGCCCUUAGACUGGUUACUGUAGCACAGAGUAAGAGGGAAUUAACUCCUGAUAUUGUGAAAGCAGCAUUGUUUAGCCCAGCUGCAGCUAAAAUACCAGCACCACAAAUAAAUUUCAAUGCCCAGCCUGCAUCUCAGUUCAAUUCUACUGCAGCAGUACCUACACCUCAGAGUGGCGUUGUUGCUCAAACACCCUCCCCAAGUUCAGGGGCGAAUGUUCCCCCGGUUUCUUCUAGGGAGAAUCAAUCUGUAAGGCCUCCGUUGGCAGCUCCAAAUUCUGCUUUUCGUCCAGCACAGGGAUUUCCAGGAGUUGGUGCUGUUUCGGGGCCGCCUCCAACUAAUUCAAGCAUCUCAAAUGACUGGGUUAGUGAACGUGCGAGUGGAGUUCAAGGGACACCCUCACAACCUCCGAAUAGAGGAGUCAGUCCUGCUGGAACACAGGUUGGAUUUGGGCAAUCAAGUGCAGGACUAACGGCUUCUCUACCCCCAAGGCCUCAGUCUGCUCCUGGAGUAACGCCAGCUACACCAUCACCUUUGGAAAGUAAAGUGCAAGGUAUUACUGGAAAUGGGACUGUUUCUGGAUCUUAUUUUGGACGAGACGCCUUUGGUGCAACCCCAGUUUCCUCAAAACAAGAUGUCCCUGCUGGCAAUAAAACUUCCACAUCAGUUGCUGUUCCCGUAUCUUCUGUUACACAACCAAUAGUUAGAGCAAGUUCCCUUGAUUCUUUGCAGAGUUCAUUUAUGAAACCACCUCUUGCUAAUCAGGCCCAACGGAACCAGGCACUUGGGAAGUCCAAUCAACAGAGCGUACUGCAAUCUGCUUCCUCUGUACUGUCGGCAGGAUCUCAGAACUCUGUUUCUGGACAGUCUCAGCGUCCUUGGCCUAGAAUGACACAGACUGAUGUGCAGAAGUAUACUAAAGUUUUUGUUGAGGUAGAUAAGGAUAGAGAUGGAAAAAUUACCGGUCAAGAAGCACGGAACUUGUUCCUGAGUUGGAGACUGCCCAGAGAGGUUUUAAAGCAAGUGUGGGACUUAUCCGAUCAAGAUAAUGAUAGCAUGCUUUCUGUCAGGGAGUUCUGUAUCGCACUCUAUUUGUUGGAGCGGCAUAGGGAAGGGCAUGUUCUUCCUGCUAUGCUUCCUAGCAACAUAAUGUUUGAUUUUUCCAGCAAUGGUCAUCCUGUGACUCCAGCUGCAUCUAACUAUAGCAAUGCAGGAUGGAGACCACCCACAGCUGGUUACCAACAGCACCAAGGAGUUCCUGGGUCUGGUAAUCUGCAGGGAGCUCCUACUGUUGGCGGACGCCCACCUAUACCUGCUACAGCCUCCCCAGUUGAGGGUGAGCAACAGACCAGUCAACCUAAAUCGAAGGUUCCUGUACUGGAGAAAAAUCUUAUCAGUCAGCUUAGUACAGAGGAGCAGAACUCCCUCAACUCAAAGUUUCAAGAAGCAGCAGAUGCUGAGAAAAAGGUUGAAGAAUUGGAGAAAGAAAUUUUGGAGUCUAGACAGAAAAUUGAGUAUUAUCGUACUAAAAUGCAGGAACUUGUUUUGUACAAGAGCAGAUGUGACAAUCGGCUGAAUGAAAUAUCCGAAAGAGUGUCUUCAGAUAAACGUGAGGUAGAGUCCCUUGCUAAGAAAUAUGAAGAGAAAUACAAACAAUCUGGUGAUGUAGCCUCCAGAUUAACCGUUGAAGAAGCUACAUUCCGUGAUAUACAGGAAAAGAAGAUGGAACUGUAUCAGGCGAUUGUAAAGAUGGAACAAGAUGGUAGCGCAGAUGGUGUUCUUCAGGCUCGUGCCGAUCGUAUUCAGUCAGACAUCGAAGAGUUAGUGAAAUCUCUCAAUGAACGCUGCAAGAGUUACGGUUUACGUGCAAAACCAAUAACUCUGACUGAACUUCCUUUUGGUUGGCAGCCUGGCAUCCAAGUGGGAGCUGCUGACUGGGAUGAAGAUUGGGACAAAUUUGAAGACGAAGGCUUCUCUGUUGUCAAGGAGCUCACUCUUGAUGUGCAAAAUGUCAUUGCCCCUCCUAAGCAGAAAUCUAAGUCUGUUCAAAAAGGAAAAGUUGACAGCCAAAACGUUACACCUGCAGCUGAUGAUGACACGAAGGAAGGAGAUUCUGCACCAAAUGCUGAUACCAAAAGAGAUAAGCCUCCUAGUAUGGACGAAGCAGCUGUUGAAAAUGGUUCUGCACACGAUAAUAAAAGCGAAGAUGGGUCAGCCAAAAGUGCUCCUAACAGCCCCUUUACAGCCAAAAGUGCUCCAAACAGCCCCUUUGCACUCAAAAGUGCUCCUGGCAGCCCCUUUGCACCCAAAAGUGCUCCUGGCAGCCCCUUUGCAAGUAGUAUUAUUGGAAGUCCCAAGGAAUACAUGGAUUCACAUUUUGGAAAGACUGCUGGCUUUGAUUCUUCACCUCGUGAUAAGGACGCUUUAAGUGAUCAUGGAGGUGCGGGAUCUGUGUUUUCUGGUGACAAGAGCUAUGACGAACCAGCGUGGGGAACAUUUGAUGCAAACGAUGAUAUUGACUCUGUUUGGGGCUUUAACGCAGGAGGUUCCACCAAGACCGACAAUGAUGUAAACCGGGACAACUACUUUUUCGAUUCUGGGGAUUUGGGCUUGAAUCCUAUCAGAACGGAUCCGUUCCAGGCUAAGAGAAGCACCUUUGCUUUUGACGAGUCGGUUCCCAGCACCCCACUCUUCAACUCGGGCAAUUCGCCGCAUAAUUACCACGAGGGAUCAGAAGCAAACUUUGACAGUUUCUCGAGGUUUGAUACUUCCAGUGUGCACGAUAGUGGUUUUUUUCCACCACGUGAAACAUUUUCACGCUUCGAUUCAAUGCGGAGCAGUAGAGAUUUCGACCAGGGUUCUGGAUUCUCAUCAUUUGGUCAAUUUGAUACAACGCACAGCAGUAGAGACUUUGACCAGAGCGGACCCUCGUCACUGACGCGUUUCGAUUCAAUGCGUAGCAGUAAGGACUUCGACCAGGGAUUCCCUUCGUUGUCACGAUUCGAUUCGAUGCAAAGCAGCAAGGACUUCGACCAGGGAUUCCCUUCAUUUUCAAGAUUCGAUUCAAUGCGCAGCAGCAAAGACUUUGACCAGGGUCAUGGAUUCCCAUCAUUUGAUGAUCCAGAUCCUUUCGGAUCAACUGGGCCGUUUAGGGCGUCCCUUGAUAAUCAAACUCCAAAGAAAGGAUCAGAUAAUUGGAGUGCAUUUUAGCCAGGUUUGCGUUGCUCAUUCUACCUAUACGAUCUAUUUUGUCUAGAGCCUUCUAGAACGGUUUAAGCUGUGGGAUUAUAUGAUAUUAUUUGAGAUGUAGGUUUGUCCUCAGUGUGCCAUCUUUGCCUCAGGUUGAUGCUUGUCAUGUAUUUUUUUUUCCUCUUUCUUUUCAUCUUGUGUAUUCAAUUUUUUAUAUAAAUUUUAAAUUCAUUUGUAUGUUUUUCUCCCUUAACUUUUUGAAAAAAGAGAAUCCUUUGUAGCUUUGGCGUGAAUUAAUUUGCAGAAGUAUUGUUUCCUGUUGAA